UUGUGAAGUGCUAGUUGUAAGUUGUAAGUGAUUUCGAUUUGUUUGUAGUUGUUUAGUUAAGUAUGUUGCCUCAGCAUAUGCUUAGUAAAUUUUCGUAUGGAGUAAUAAUAUUUCUGAUGUUAAAUUUAAUCAAAGCAACGACUUUUUGAUAUCACAAUGGGUAUGAAACUAAUAUUAUUUCUAGCUCACUAUUUUGUUGUGGUUUUAAGUCACGAAGCUAAUGACAAAUUUCAUGAAGAACUUCUGAUCAAACCUCUUGCAAGCGGACAUGUAUAUACAUACUUCCAAUUUACAACUUUAUGGCAGAAGCAACACCAUCAAAAUGCAUUUGACCAUUGCCACCUGUUCCCAAGGCCACUGGGUGAGUUGAUCGACAGAUUCAACAUAAGAGAACUGCAUAUCAGUCUGACUGGUGGCCUCUGGCGUCACGAGUCUUGGGGCUAUCCGGUUAAUGAUGCCCCUCCUGGCGCGGAGCUCUGGGUGUGGUUUAAACCUGGCACACAAGACGUGAACAAGAACUGGAAGGAAUUAAAUGGAGCAUUGUCAGGGUUGUUGUGUGCAUCGCUCAACUUUAUCGAUGCGUCCAACAGCAUGAGUCCGGAGAUGAGCUUCAGGCCGCUAGGAAUUGAUGACCCAACUCAACCAAGCAACUCCACGCUGCUGAGAUAUGGUACACUUCCCAGGGAAAUCGUCUGCACCGAAAACUUGACUCCUUGGAAAAAACUUCUCCCUUGUGAUUCUAAGAAAGGAUUGGCAACACUGUUGAAUGCAGGUUACAUUCACAAUACCAACUACCACUCUCUGGGAGUCCACUUUAGACCAGUCUGUCAGAAUAAGGAUUGCUCGGUGACUGGUCUAGAGUUGCGGCAGACAGUGUCUCUGGUGUACGACCUGGUCAUACUUGGUGGAUCCUCUCCCGAUUGGUCGGUCAGGAAGCUGUUUGGCAUCGGAUUGGCCGGCCCUUGCCCUCUGGCUGCCUCCAGCACCAUCUACAUAGACAUCACUGCCAAUCAGACAGGACAAAUGUUCCGACUGAACCCGCUGCCAGACAGAACAGUGACCAGUCUGCGAGGUGGCCACCAGACUGAGCUGGCUGUCUACAAUGUGGCUCGGCUGGACCCUGAAGGCAUGUUCAACAUUGCUCUGGUACAUGACAAACCUCGUGUGUUUGCUCAAAACAUUCCACCCGCCAUCUACGCCAACAGAUAUAUUGUCGGAUAUGGCCAGGAAUAUGGCGGCAUUGUGACCAAAAUCCACAAUCGCCAUUGGCAACCGAUUACAGUGAUUUUCUUGGAGAACAUUCCCUGGUUUGUGCCUAUAUAUCUUCACACUCUCCGAAUUGUGAGUCAGGGACGAACCAUCAAGCCUUUGGUGAAGCGCUACACACCAGGCAGAGAGCGCCAGAGACCCUACUACCUAGAGGUGAUGGUGGAGCUGCCAGCCAGGUCAGUCACAGAGGUGUCUGUACAGUUUGACUACGUGUUCCUCAAGUGGCAGGAGUAUCCACCAGACGCUAAUCACGGUUUCUACAUCAGCUCUGCGGUGAUCACUGCAUUACUGCCAGUCGCUCGUAACUACACAGGACUGCCUCAGGAUGGGACACUGCUCUCUUCUAG